AUAAAAGACGUCACCAUAUAUGUAAUAAUGGGUCCAAACCUCGCCGCCAUGCUCAUUUGACAAACGUGCUCAAAUCACCCAGCCCCCAUUAUCUGGACCUAGAUUGUCAUUUCCACUAAAUUAUGGUUGAGAUAUUGGGACAUCCUCCUUUGUUCAAUGAUCUUACUUUCAAACUUGCUUUAAUCUUUUGAGUCCUAUUAAUCUUCUUCUCUUUCCCAUUCAAAUCGUCCGUUCUUUUUUCUUUGGGCAUAUAAAGGCUUUGGCAUUUCCAACCUUUGUCAUACCAACAUAGCUACAACACCAAGACCGCCCAAAAACGUUGAAAUCUCCAACCCUCAAUUAGUUCCACCAUGGAGUCUUGCUACUUUGAUCAGUACCCAAGUUCAGAAUUCCCACAAGAAUCAUUAUCACUGGAUCAAUCUUUCCCGUGGGAUAAGCUUCUUUUCCACCACAGUUCACUUCCCUUCAACCUUGAUGACUCUGAAGAAAUUCUACUUAUGGAUGUCAUAGCCAAGGGAAGUUCUACACAAACAUGGGAAACAGCCAAUUCCAUGCAGGGUGUUGUCAAGGAAGAGGAAGUCACUUCCAAUGACAAAGAAGCGGCAAAUCACAAGAAAGAGAAAUCCUAUAGAGGGGUUCGGCGGCGGCCGUGGGGAAAGUACGCGGCGGAGAUAAGGGAUUCAACAAGGCAUGGAAUCCGAGUAUGGCUUGGAACCUUUGACAGUGCAGAGGCAGCUGCUCUAGCAUACGACCAGGCUGCAUUUUCAAUGAGGGGAACCUUGGCUGUGCUCAAUUUUCCGGUGGAAGUGGUCAGGGAGUCUCUGCAAGACAUGAAGGAUGGGAAUUAUGAGGAGGGCUGCUCACCUGUGGUGGCACUCAAGAGGAAGCACUCCAUGAGAAGAAAAUCCAUGUCUAGGAAAAGUAAAGGGAAAGAAGAGAUGAUGAGGCCACAGAAUGUGGUGGUUUUGGAGGACUUAGGAGCUGAAUAUUUGGAGGAACUUUUGAGGUUGAGCCCAUCUCAGAAUUCCUGUCUUCAGUGAAUCUCUCUCUCUUUCAUCUUCAUUUCUUCAUGUUUCCUGCUGGCAGUAUGUGGUAGCUUUUGUGGAUUACGCAGAACUUUUGG